UCAUUCGUCCACGAGUUCUUGAUGUUACACAAACAAAAAAUGGAUUUUAGCAUUUCUUAACAAUGCGAAAUUAAGCGCUGGUUUUAAUUCAUCUCCUUUUAAUUAGCAGUAUAUUGUAAGAUCAGGGACUAAAUCUAUCCACCUGACUCCGAGGGCAUUUAAAUCAAACACUGUAUGUACAUGAAGGUUCCUGCUUCAAAGUUGUGUUGUUGUGAGAAAUAAUAGCAAACAAUUCUAAAGGGACUUUUUUAAAAACAAUCAGAGAUAACUGCUGGUGUUGUGAUUUAUGAAGUUUGUUCCCACGCAUCCAGAGAUGGGGGAUGAUUUUAAGAGGAACCCCCAAUUCCAGGUUAUGGGGCUGCCUGACGCUGUAAAGAUGAACCAGCUGCAGAAUCUUCUGCAUGACUCAUUGAUUGCGACAGACCAUGUACAUCACUGUGCCAUUAUCAGACGGAAGGACUGUAAUGUCAGAGCUAGCUCAGUGGGCUUCAAUCUCCAUCAUGACCAAGUGCAGAUGAUGUUGGAUGCCUUUAAGAACCCACCCCAGACUCGGGAAGAAGGCAUUUACUUCGAUGACCAGCAAUACAAAUGUGUUCGUGCCGACAAGAACUCCAUAUAUGGGAAAUGUGAUAAACGAGGUUUGAUAUUGGUGAAAACUCAGUCGAUGCUCAUUGUGGCCACAUACACAGAAAACAUGUUUCCUAGUGUGUGUGUAGAAGCAGUGGAAAAAUUAGCUGAUUAUUUCAAAGAAAAAGGAAAAUAACAGCAAAAAAUAGCCGAUAGGAUCUGUGAUACAUGUACAUGUACCAAUAAAUGUUUUGUAUACAUUUUACUGAACAAUCAUUUUGAAGCAUAUUUUGAUAUUAUAUUUCUCAUGUUUACUUAUUUGUUGUAUAAUGUGGCUUUAUUUCAUUAUUAAAGAUUGAUUGUAAAA